CAGGGAAGUAUAGCUCGUGCACUUUGAGCCGUUAGCAUCACAUUCACACACGCGCAGAAGUCCGGACAGGUACAGGUGUGCAGCAGGUAUGUCCAGCGGGGGAGACGUGGUUCUACGGGCCGUGGAGGCGCCUCUGUUCUGGCUCGGUGCUCUCACCGCGGCCUGGCUGUCGGUGUGCUCCGUGUGCAGGCUGCUGUCCGGGAUCAGGGUGUGGGUGCUGGGCAACGGGCGGCUCGUGUCACCCGCCAGACUGGGGAAGUGGGCAGUCGUGACAGGAGCCACAGAUGGGAUUGGGAAAGCUUACGCGGAGGAGCUCGCUCGCAGAGGCUUUGCCAUCGUGCUGAUCAGCCGCACUCAGGAGAAGCUGGAUGACGUCUCCAAGGAGAUCUCGAGCAAAUGCGGCGUGGAGACCAAAACGAUUGCAGUAGACUUCAGCUCUGUAGAUAUCUAUUCCAAGAUCGAAGAAGGACUCGCAGGACUGGAGAUUGGAGUUUUGGUCAACAACGUCGGAAUUUCCUAUUCGUACCCUGAAUUCUUCCUCAGCGUCCCCAAUCUGGACACUUUCAUCGACACCAUGGUCAACAUCAACAUCAUGUCCGUGUGCCACAUGACGCGUCUUGUUCUACCUCGAAUGGUGGAGAGGAAGAAGGGCGCCAUCCUCAACAUCUCCUCUGCCAGCGGGAUGUACCCCGUUCCACUCCUCACCAUCUACUCUGCCUCCAAGGCGUUUGUGGAUUUCUUCUCACGGGGACUGCAAGCUGAGUACAAGAACAAAGGCAUAAUCGUCCAGAGCGUUCUGCCGUUUUACGUCGUAAGCAAGCUGAGUAAAAUCCGGCGGGCUACGCUGGACAAGCCCAAACCAGAGCGCUACGUGUCAGCUGAGCUCAACACCGUGGGUCUGCAGACCCAGACCAAUGGCUACCUGCCCCAUGCCAUUUUGGGCUGGGUGUCUACAGCUCUGCUCCCUGCCAAGAUCGUCAACAAGGUCUCGAUGGGGAUGGGUCUGUCCCAGCGCGCUCGUUACCUCAAGAAGCAGAAGCAGGGAUAGAUGGAUCGGCAGCUUCUGGGAGCAGGCGGCAGCAAACAGAGGGGACCCAGCUGUGUUAACAACCAUCACCGAGGACCAAGACAGAAAAACGUGACAGUUUCUGGGCAACAUCUUUGUUUUCUCUCUCUCCCUCUGAUACUCCCAGUCAUAGAUGAUGUGAGACAGUGUUUUGGCCACAGUUGUCGUCACAUGUAUUCAGUCCAAACAAGUUGUGCGAGAAAAUACUGAACAAAAGCGGUCAGAGUGAUCAGCUUUAACAAACAGAACGCUAACAAGGAAACUAAAUCCCAAAACUAUUCAGCCGUCUGCAAAGCAUGACGGAAAAUGAUGUUUUCAUGGUAAAGGAAGGAUAUAAAUAAUUUGAGUGUGUCUGAAGUUGGAGGCGUUUGUACGUUUGAGCCCUCCUGAAAGUAUGUCAGCCUGCCAGCAUGAAGCUCUUUAGUAGAACGCUGGAUGUGCUACUUGCUUACUCCAAACACUUUCCAGAGCACUCAAACUAUGUUUAUGAAGAUUUAAAUGUCUGAAAUGUCCCUUAAAUUCAUCAUUAUUCUGUAUUCAUAAAAGCAAAAAUCAUAUCAAAGCACUUAAGAUUCACAUAUUUUAUCUUGAGCACACAAACUUUUUUUUUCUUUCAACCAAACUACAAUUGAAAGAAAAAAAAAAAUAAGUGGAAUAAAAUAAGAGGAAACUCUCCAGAUGAAAAGUUGUGGUAGAUUAUUAAAAUGUGUGUUUUGUGCACACACUAAACCCAUUUUCAACUUCAUUCUUACAACUGCUGUUUUGUUUUUUCCCAUGUUUCUUAAAAUACCCCAAAGUUUAAAACUGUGUGGUUUGUUUGUGCGACAGUGUGUUAGGUCGACGUUAAUCUUCAUGUUUUUACUCGCUGUGGUUGGAUUUACUAAAAAUAUGAAACCAAACCAAAUGUACAGAAGAAACAAACCAAUGACAGAGCGGAAAAUCUCUCGAUAUACGUUCCUUAAUGUUUUCAAGAAUGUUGUGUUCAUGGAGUGUGUCCGUAGCCGUCUCUUAAUUUACUUGCACUGGCUUCAGUUUGAAGUUCUGCUGGUCUCACUCAUGCUGCUUUAGGUGAGGACCAAACUUCUGUUCUAAGGCUUUUCUCAAGGGUGACUGCAUUGAUGGGUUUCCUGCUUAGACUGAAACUGGAGCACAACCAGUACACCUGGAUUCCAGGAUGUACCGACUAGAGAAAAACUGCACUGCGUUUGUCCUUCCAGCAUUCAAUAAAUAUAAUUUCAAAUAACCUCA